AUGCCGUGUAAGAUGGAAUGGCAGCAAAAUUAUACCAGUUAUUACAUUAGUUUGGUACUACCUAUGAAGUUGACAGAAGAUAUCCUUCUCAUCAGGAGCUUUGCUGCUGUUGGUGUGGAUCCUGCUGUCAUGGGGAUUGGUCCAGCUUUUGCCAUUCCUGCUGCUGUGAAAUCUGCCGGGGUAAAGGUUAACGAUAUCAAUCUAUUUGAGAUAAAUGAGGCCUUUGCAUCACAGUACGUUUACUGUUGUAAAAAGCUGAACCUCGAUCCAGCGAAAGUUAAUGUUAAUGGAGGAGCAAUAGCCCUCGGACAUCCUUUGGGAGCUACAGGUGCCCGGUGUGUAGCUACUUUACUUAAUGAGAUGAAACGUCGAGGAAGGGAUUGCCGUUUUGGAGUCAUUUCCAUGUGUAUAGGUAGUGGCAUGGGUGCUGCAGCUGUUUUUGAAAGAGGUGAUCAUGCCGACGAAUUAACUAACACCCGUGUUAAUGGCGAAAUGGUUUAG